AUGGGAAAAGGGAACAAGAAAAGUCGCAACAAAAAGCGGCAACGAGCAGCGGACGAGAAUGACGAAUGGGAAAAAAGUUCCAAGCGCGAAAAACAGGAAGAGGAGGAGGAAACCGAAAGGACUCAGAAAAAUAAAGAUACACGGCAGAACGAUGAUGACGACGUCUCAAUGAGAGAGCUGGACUCGGAGUUUGAGAAAUCUGAUGAAGAAUCCCCAACGCCACCUCCGCGUCGCCAUAAACGACCUAAGGCCAGUAACUGGACGAAGAAAAUCAUAGGGAAAUUCGUCGAAGAGAACGGGGAGAAAAUAGCCCAGGAGCUGCAAUCAGACGAGCCAGAUUUUUCGGCGAUUGAAUCACGUUUUGACAAACUUAACGCCAAAAUCAGAAGCGAAAACAAACGACACAAUGCUCCCCUGGACCAGAAUGUGGUACAAAGGAAUAUGUACCAGAUGACAUACAACUCGCUGCUCAACACCCUCGCAUUAGACAAUGUGAAGGACAAUCCUUCGGAACAAUGGAAAGCAUUCUACGAGAUGCGCAAAAUGUUUCACCUAUUGAAUCGUGAGAGUCACUUGCCUGAGGAGUGGAAUGUCCCCCAAUCUGUCGCUGAACGCUUAUUUGGAGAAAGACCUCCCGGGAUCGUGGAGGCGCCAUACGAAGACGAUGACGCUGCCUCUGCGGUUACAUAUGUUUCCUCAACCGAAGAGGAGUCGGAGACCGACGAGGCAGAAGGCAUUGAUGCUCUGGAAGCAAGGAUGCGGAACGAGUACAGCUCACUCUCUCGAGGAAAGGUACUAUACUGGUGGUCACUCGGGACAGGUACCCAAAUUUUUGUUCGAUAUGGUUCGAAGCAUAAGCCAAUCUAUCGUGUGCGGGCGGGAUCAUCAAUGCCCUACGACCCCCGUACCGCGGAGCAGAUCCUUAGCAAAACUCGUGGAAGCGCAAGAGUUACACUAACAUCCGGUGAACAUAAGAUAGAGGAAUGGAAGUAUUCGCGAGACGAGGUUCAAGAUAUCAUUGGUGUCGGCUGGAAGGUCGAAAAUGACGAUGAUGCCAGUGCAAAUGCGCUGUCACUGAUCAGACCUGUGAAAGAUGCUACAUACCCCCAUACACGAAUCCUGGUGAAGUGGAAAGAUCAAAGCAUUUCCCUGGAACGCAGAGCAUUUGUUCGGCGGAUCGCCCACGGGAAUAGCCUCAACGGUGAUCGGCUCAUUUAUCUGAAGGCCAAAGAGCUCGAGAAUGCCUACUGGGGAUAUGAUGUUGAGGGCACAAGCGACGAAGAGUCGGACACCAGCGAUGUCUCCUCAGAUGAGUCCUUGGUCCCCAAAAGUCGUUUGCGUCGAGCUGGAAAAUAUACCUCCAGGAUUCGCUCAGCCAGGAAGAUAACCCGUCCGACAGAAUCAGAUGCGACGAGUGACAGUGAUCUCGAUUCAGACACGUCGGAAUCAAGAUACAAGCAAAAGAAGCGUCGAUAA